AUGGAAUCAGGGACGAAUCUGACGAUUCAUGAAGGGCACUUUGACCAAGGGCAACAGGGCAUGGAGAGAAUCACAGUCAGCAACGAGAUGAAGAGGUGCACCGCAUCAGAGGUGGAGUCUGCCUUGCGCACACGGUCAAAGUCCGGUCACGACGCGUAUGUGGUCAGUGCUGCUGCCAACGGGGCCAGACCGACAGUCAUGCAAUCUGGAGAACACCACGGGGAGGAGGGGAAAGAGGAGAGGAGGGGAAGGGGAACUAGAAACGAGAAGGUUUAUGCUUCACAAUCGCGUGCUGGUGCAUAA